GCCAAUUCCGGAAGUGCUGGCGCGGGAACCUGCGGGGCUGGGAGCUGCUGGGUUGGAAGCAGCUCUUACUGUGAAGGAGGGAGCUUUGGGAUUCCUUUCGUUGGUGGAUCAUGCAGAGAGCUUCGAGGCUGAAGAGGGAGCUGAGCCUGUUAGCCACAGAACCUCCCCCAGGCAUCACGUGCUGGCAGCAUAAGGACCAAACGGAUGACCUGCGAGCCCAAAUAUUGGGUGGAGCCAACACACCUUAUGAAAAAGGCCUUUUCAAGCUAGAAGUUAUCAUUCCUGAGAGGUACCCAUUUGAACCUCCUCAGAUCCGAUUUCUCACUCCAAUCUAUCAUCCCAACAUAGACUCUGCUGGAAGGAUUUGUCUAGAUGUCCUCAAAUUGCCGCCAAAAGGAGCCUGGAGGCCGUCUCUCAACAUUGCGACUGUAUUGACCUCUAUUCAGCUGCUCAUGUCAGAACCCAACCCCGAUGACCCGCUCAUGGCUGACAUAUCCUCAGAAUUUAAAUAUAAUAAGCCAACCUUCCUCAAGAAUGCCAGGCAGUGGACAGAGAAGUAUGCGAGACAGAAACAGAAGGCUGACGAGGAAGAGACGCCUGGUGACCUGCCAGAGGCCACAGACUCAGAAGUACACAGCACAGCGCAGAAGAGGAAAGCCAGGCAGCCUGGAGGUGGAGAAAAGAAAUUUUGCCCUGAUGUCUAGGGGUUUAUUCUGACUCAUCUUAGUUAAUAUAUUCCUUGCCAAGAUGGCCUAAUUUGCCUACCUUUCUUGCAUGUUUUUCUUUGCAAUGAUGACAUUCUUUUUUUUAUGUCCUAUAAAACAGAUCUUGUAUAUUUAUAUAAUCCGCUGUACCUCGAUUCUCUGAGUAUAGUUUGUUUUAUUUAACUUGUACAUACGUAUUUUGAAGCCUUUUA